AGAAUAAAAUGGCAAAGUCAAAGAAUCAUACCAAUCACAACCAAAACCGCAAAGACCACAGAAAUGGAAUUAAGAAGCCAAAACGUUUUCUGCAUGAAUCUACCCUUGGUAUGGAUGCCAAGUUUUUAAAGAACCAAAAGUUCUCCAAAAGGCACAACCUUACCACUAAGCAGCAACUUAAACGUGCUGCUGAAAGGAAAACCGAAAGAGAAUCCAAGAAAUAAAUGUUUUUGACUAAAAUAAAGUAUUUUUAAGAA